UGGCUGACUUGAUGCUCGUCCUGCUGCGGGUCGAAUGAAAGCGGAGCACUUGCAGUUCUCGACCGUGUUUAUCCUAAUGCUACCUCGGCCCGUGCUCACAAACGGGACCAUGGCGACACAAAAGACGGCCUGUUUUCACCGUAGUGUGGGUUUAUAGAAGAGGAACGACGCAGGAACAAGGAAGGAUGGUGACAGAGGAGCACCACGUUACAUAGGAGGGAUGAGGAGAUGAGGGAUGAGGGGAAACCAUAAGGCAGCAGUCAGUUUCUAAGCAACAACACCCACAACUCAGCAUGGGCUACAAGGUCCGCGGGGCAGCAGACAGAGUUAGCCAGCUAUGGCGUCUGAGGCGUCGUGCAUGCCGUGGGGCGCUCUGCAUGGCCUUCUUCUGCAUCUCCAUGGCUCUGCUGUAUGCCCUGUGUGCAGAAAACAGCGUGCCCGUCACCGACGCUAUCUUUGGCGUGCGGGCACGGACUCGGGCCCAGCCUCGCGCACACUCUGUCAUCAAGGCGCUGCGAGGAGGAUCCAAGCCCGUGUACAUUGACCCCCAGAAGCUCCCUGGCGUCAUCCCCGGUGACCCCCGCCGUCCGAUCCCUGUCCUCUCCUCGCCAAACCACACCCACGAGCAUCAGAAGCCAAAGCAAAAGUCAAGAGAGCACGAGGGUUUUUUCAAACGUAUGCUGCCGCGACCCCUCUUGCGGGCGCUGGAGACUCUGUUCGGAGGCCGUCGGCGAGGGGAGCUGAGUGGCAAAGCGAGCGAUGCCGAGUUGUUUGGCCCGAACAGCCUUUUGGGAGAAGUAUGGAAUGAGCAGAUGUCCAGCAGCAUGCUGGGAAACGGACUCAAGAAGGUGGUGGAGAAUUAUCAGGCGAUGAAUAAAUACGGAGUAAAGUUCUCCAACCCUGCUGAUGUCGCCGGCAGGCCAAAGUUGAGUGGCCCUGAGCUCCUCUGUCAACUCUACAAGAAGGUGGAGGUGUCAACGUUGACCCCUGACCUCAAGCCUCUUUCUUCUCUGCCCUGGGCCUCACUGCUCCCGCCGAAGUCGCUAACCUGCGACCUGGGGCCCUACAAGCGAUGUGCGGUGGUCUCCUCUGCCGGGUCGCUGCGCAACUCGGGCCUAGGCAGAGAGAUAGACUCACAUGAUGCCGUGCUGCGCUUCAAUGCCGCCCCUACCGCUGGCUAUGAGAAGGAUGUUGGUUCUAAAACCACCAUCCGCCUCAUCAACUCCCAAGUGAUGGCGUCUGAUGACCACCACUUCCUGUCUAGUUCGUUGUACAGCUCAGGUGUCUUGGUGGCCUGGGACCCCUUUUCUGCUGAUGUCACACAGUGGUUCAACCAGACCGACUACCCUAUCUUCACCCAGUACCAGAGGUACAGGAGGCUCCACCCCCAGCAGCCCUUCUACAUCCUGCAUCCUCGCUUUGAAUGGCAGGUCUGGCAGCGAAUACAAGACAACAUGGCCGAGCCCAUCCAGAAGAACCCGCCUUCCUCUGGCCUGCUGGGUACGGUCCUGAUGAUGUCCCUGUGUGAGGUGGUGCACGUCUACGAGUUCCUGCCUUCGCGCCGAAAGACGAUGCUCUGCCAUUACUACCAGCGUUUCUAUGACGCUGCCUGCACGCUCGGCGCUUACCACCCCUUGCUCUACGAGAAGAACCUGGUCAAACGCAUGAACCAGGGGCCCGACCGUGACAUCUACAAAAAUGGCCGCGUCACGCUUCCCGGGUUCAGCACCCUCAACUGCACUCAGACUUAUUAAACUGAACCUUGCAUGAAGAACAAAGAGGACGGAUGCAUGACACAAGUUCCAAAAAGACACAUUAACACACACUGGAGUCCAAUCAUGUUAAUAGAUGUGCCUGUGGACAUGUAUAUCUUAUAAGGAUGCUGAAAAUGUUCAUGAUCAAAUCCUUGCAAUCCCAAUUUAAGGAGACCGUAUUACAGCUUUCAACAGCUUUAGCCUUUUGAGCCAAAACGAACAGCCAUCAUCACAAACCCCAAGGCUUAUACAAAAAGAAGCUAUAUACUGUACAUAUGUUUGGUUGCACAACACAUUUGACAGUAGACAUUUUUGGGGGGUUAGGAGGAUUAUGAAAGUAAAAUGAUGGAACCUUCAAAGGAGAACACAAAUCUAUUCAGCGACGUGUAAUACAAUUAAAUAAAACCAACUACAGUAGUAAGAAACUACCCACCUUUUGAAGUUUAGCCUGAUAUCACACCUAAUAAGUUUCAUUUGGAUUUUGAGCCAACUUUUGAGGUUCCGCUGAAAAGGCAUUUUAUCAGUCUGAACAACACACACACACACACAAAUAACAGGCAAGCAUAUACUGUACAGUAAAAGUGUGUGUGUGUUAUUGUCAUUCCACUGUGAGGCAUGUCGAUACUGCAUUUCCUGGUUUUACUUGGAUGUCUUCCAUCUUGUUUUGUUUUUUACAUGUUUCACAAGGACCGAAUGUAUUGUUUUGAUAUUUGUAUUUGCCAUUACUGUACUGACAUCCAGAACUGUUUUAUAUUGUCAUCCACUAUGUCAUAAAAGUUCAAAGUAGACAUUAGGAAAGCUAACCAAUUUUAUAAUCAGCCUGCAUAAUUGUAGUUCAACUUUUGUCAAUGGGCUUUCAGGCGUCUUGAUGACAAAGCAGUGAUGUCGCCAUGGUAACGAUGAUUUCCAGCAACAAGUUGUAUUGUGCAUCAAGGAUUCAAGGAAUUUUAUUGUCAUGUGACAACUAAAUUUUAACUUGGGGCCUGGAGAAAGAAAAAAUACAAUAAGCAAGCUACAAAAAUAAGAUAUAUAGAAUAAAAUAGAUGAAAUACACAUGUACAAAUAUACAUAUACCAAAAUAUGCUGUACCAGAAAUGGUAAAAUAAGUAUCUAACUUAACAUUACAAUACAUAAUUUUACAGACUAGGAAAAAAAGACAUGUUGGAUAUUUUCUUUUACAACUUUUUGUCAGACAGCGACUUCAUUCCUCAGUGUUUAGUCUUCCAGUGUCUGCCGCUGUUGGUACAAGCAGGCACAGAAUGUACGUAACAUUAACUCAUGUUUGUGGCGUCUUCAACUGCGGCCAUUUUGGCCCAAACACACUUGAUGUGAGGCAGCGCAAGAUUUGUUGCCACCAGCUGAUGUCAUCCUGGUGUAUUUGCACUUAAAUUUGGUAACAAAGCUACUUCUCACUGAACACAACUGGGUCGACUUCUUUUGCAAGCCGACUCUUGGUGAGGCUUUAAAAGUCAUGUUUUUCUUCUGAGGGAAUCCGAGCAUAAGCAGUGUUUUUGUUUUCCAAAUCAGCAUGUGUCAGUAGCUGAAUAAUUGAUGUCAGUGCAUUUCUGAGGAAAAACAUUUGAUCUCUAUGCAGUCUCUCUUUGCACCUUGCAUGCUUCAUUUCCGCUGCUGUGAAGCCUCUUAUUUUUACCUUAAGAGUUGCAUGUCCUCUUAAGCUUUUUGCCUUCGUCCUCUUUGUUUAUGAGAGGUGACAAUGUGGUAACAUGUUUUUUUUUUUUACUUUCACUUCCCCAAGGACCCCCACAGAUGUUUAAUACUGUUUUUAGGGUUUGAUGUUUUUAUUAGGGCUUGAAUCCCAAGCAUGUGUUUUAUGUUUAGUCUUUAAAUCAUCCUGUAGGAAACAUUUAAGAAUGAACAUCACUGCCUGCAUAUUAAAGUAGACUCUGGUAGAGAGGA